ACUGCUCAUCAUCGCGCGGGCACUAAAAUGUGUCAUCUGCCGUCUGGUAACAAAAACGACAGUGUUUUCCAGCGGGAUGUAAAAGACUACAUCAUGUUUUGGGAUAAUUUGACAUCUGAGCUCUAAAUAUUCUGAAUAAAUUUCAUUCAAAGUGUCGUGUUGACUGAUAUCCGCGAGAGGGUUGGGAAUAUCGCUUACAGGUGCUGACAAUGGCAUCCAAAUACCUGAUGCUUAUUGCAUUGGGGACUGCAGUGAUUGGCAGUGUGCACUGUUGCCCAGAGCAGUGUACCUGCUCUGAUAAACAUACCCAUCAAUUUGCAGAUUGUGCCUACAAAGACCUCCUGGAAGUACCUGUGGGCUUGCCAUCUAACUGUACCACCCUGAGUCUUACAGCAAAUAAGAUUAAAGUGCUGAAAUCAAAAACCUUUAUAAAUAUGACCCAGGUGACCUCUCUUUGGUUGGCACACAAUGAAAUUGUCAUUGUCGAGAGGGACACAUUGGCUCGAAUGAUUCAGCUGAGAAAUUUGGAUAUAAGCCACAACAAAAUUGUCUAUUUUCCAUGGGAGGACUUGGCCAAUCUCACUGCCCUGCAGAUGUUAAAGAUGAACAAUAAUGAGAUGAUCAGUAUACCCAAGAAUGCUUUCUCCAACCUCAAAGAAUUGCGUUCGGUCCGUAUUAACAAUAACAAGUUCACCACUAUUGUGCAGGGAACGUUUGAUGCUUUGACUGCCAUGUCUCACCUUCAAAUCUUCCACAACCCCUUCACCUGCUCUUGCAACCUAGAGUGGCUUAGGGAUUGGAUUAAUAAAUCCUCAAUCUCCAUUCCUGACCAAAACAACAUUGUUUGUGAGGCUCCUGCCCACCUCAGAGGCACUAAGGUCACUAGCAUGCCCAAACUGGAUUGCAAAGCCCCAUCUGUGUCCAUCACAUAUCAGCCAAACAUUGAAACCACAGAACUCUAUGAGGGAUACAUGGUCAUCCUGAACUGCGAAACAAAAGGAACCCCAAAACCUGAGGUCACAUGGGAGAUAUUUGCAAGAAACCAACUAAUUACGUUCCCUUUGCCCGCCAUAGUUGAAAGAAGUGAGAUUCCCAUUAAUGGGCCACCAAUGAACGCCGGGUUCCUUGUGUUUCAAAAUGGCACCUUGAUUAUCCCUCGCAUGACCAAAAAGGAAGAUGGAAACUACACAUGCUCGGCUUUCAAUGAAGUGGGCAAAGCAAACCGCUCAGUGAAACUUGUCGUCGCAGGUACCAAAAAGCAUGCCAUCAAUUCAAUGCUGGACACAAAAGCAGCCAGCCAUUUACCUGGAGACAAGCUUGGUUCAGAGAGCACCAAAAACAAUGUGAUCAACAUGUGGCCCAAAUCUGAGGAAAAAACAAAGAGCAUUACAACUGGAACAUCCCUCAUUACAGUGGUUAAAGAACAAGUGAAGGAAGGGACUGAUACCCUGCCAUUCACUGGCAAAUGUGGAAUAAAUGAUGGUACCCAGUACAUUUCCAAUCAUGCUUUUAACAUUAGCUUGGAUGAACUUAAACAGUACACAUUUGAUUUUGGGGUUAUUGCACUGGAGGUUUCAGAGACCGAAGCCAAAGUUCAGCUGAACCCUUUCCAGUUGGCCAACGCCAAAUCAAAUGUUCACCUCAGUCAACAACAAGACCUGCAAACUGUUAAUAAGGAGCCUUUCAGUCUGCUCCAGACAUCCACCAAAAAAUCCCCACUGGACAUGUUGUACCUUUGCGUCAGUACCGGUAAUGGUCAUUCAGUGGUGCAGUGGUCCAAGAUAGAGGAGGGCGUCAAUGCCUAUCGCUUCCAGGGCCUCAAUUCAGGCACUAAUUACACCCUAUGCCUCACCUAUGGAGGCCAGGACUGUCAAGUCCAAGUGGUCUUCACAACUCGGAAGAAAAUCCCAUCCUUGCUAAUCAUUGUGGUCGUUAGCAUCUUCUUGCUAGCUUUGGCAACUGUGCCCCUGCUUGGUGCCACCUGCUGUCACCUGCUCCACAAGUAUCAAGGCAAGACCUACAAGUUGAUUAUGAAAACGCAGAACCUGGAUCAGAUUGAAAAGCAAAUAGCAGCGGAUUUUGAUCCAAGGGUGUCUUUUGUCGGGUCGGACAAAAACUUUAACCCAAGUGAGCUGGGGGAGGGAGAAGGCGAGGUUGAGGGCGAGGAGGGAGACGGAGAAGGUGAGGAUGUCGAGGGCAGUGUGGUUACUGAGUCCAUUCCCGAGUCACAAUCCAAAACGCAGGAGGAUUUCGAGGUGGGAUCUGAGUACAGUGAUAGGUUACCGCUUGGGGCGGAAGCAGUAAACUUAUCCACGGAGAUCAAUGGUAAUUACAAAGAGCCCCGUUGAGAUGUUUAGUUAUGCCGUGUGUAAAAUAUUUACCCUAAAACACAUUACAAACCAGGUGACUACUGAUCAUCUCACGUUAUACACACAAAGGUGCGUUUUUUGCUAAUUUUUACCUCAGUAAGUUAGCUGCAAGUGUAUACGAUGAGUGUCUAUUUACAAAAAGCAUUUUUUGUAAAAUAGAGCAGACUUGUAUUGGACAAAUUAAAAACCUCAUAAACCAAAUGUACAGUUAAUUUUCUUUAAGUUUUAUCAGACGCAUCCUAAGCAUUCAUAGUCUCAAAGUAGCAUUUGAAAUCACACAGGGUUUUCGUAAGUGGCUGUUCACCCCCAAUGCGUAUUUGCGUUCUUCCGUGACGUUUUUCCAGUUGUUUUUCUAUGAAAUCAUGGGUUAAAACAAGACGUUUUCGACAGGUUUUUUUUUUUUUUUUUAACCUUUGCGCUAUAUCUCUCUGUUUUGCUUUUUCAGCAUCUUGCACAGGAGCGCUGCGUCUUUAAAAAUGUCAACAAAAACUCGCAACACGAGGAGCGCAGACUUUAUUCACAGUAGCGCCAUCUUUUUUUUAAUGGGAAUGAAAAACGAGGCUGUGAGGAUAGACGUACAGCUUCAUAAAUGUGACGCACGGCAUAAAGCUGUAUUAAGCUCAUAGAUCCCAUCUGUUGUUUUUUUCCCCCCACAACUCAUGUUGUCUAGAUUAAUUUGUUUACUGAGUGUUCUUGAAAAUAUAUAUUUUUGAAUGUUUUGUCCGCAAAAUGAUCUAAAUACACUUUAAACUGCAGUACAGCCCAUUAAAGAGUCUAUCCCUCACAUCGUCAUUGUUAUUAUAAGUGUUUGGAAGGGGCAGUUCAUAACAAACCCGUUUUUUGCGUACAUCCGCACUAUUUUUCGCUGUUUUCUUAUAUGCGCUGGAGGAACGUCUUUGACUGUUGCGUCUUAUUUACUUUGAUGCGUAUCGUCCAGGAGCGCCGCUUUCUUAGACACAAAUUCAAAAUAACUUCCUAUUAAAACGCGUUUCGAGAAACGUGCGUUCUUUCCUUUCUGCGCAAAUUGUGGUCGGUGUGAACAGUCCCUGCUAUUAUAUAGCAUAGUGCACUUUGAGCGCCCGUUUCAACGGGAUUCAAUUCGUUGCGUUAAACUCACUCUGUUAGGCUACUCUUCUCACAGCAUGCGUGUGUCUGGAAAACAAACCAGGUCAUCUUUAAAAAAAAAAAAGUUCAAGUGUAAUAUGGGGAAUCCUAAAAAUUUGUGAUUUUUAAUCGCUUUGCUAAUGGGUGCUUAAAAAAAUCUCUCGUCUUUACGAACCGACUGAACGUGUCCUUUAAUAGUAGGCCUAUACUUGUUCGUGGCAUGUCACACAGAAGUAUUUUUAAGUGUGUUUUAUUAGGGAAUAUACUGUAGAUAUUUCAUGCCCAUUUGUGAUCUUAAACUACUACCUAAUCUGAAAAAAAAGUUCUUUUUUUAUAUAAAUGGUCAGUUUCUACCAUCAGUCAAAACGACAUGGAGUGCCCUGUAAAUUGACGCAUUGUUGUGACUUGUUUUGUGUCCAACUGUCCAAUGAUGUUGUAAAAAUACUUAUACCUUUGAAAGAUUUUGAUAUGAUUUUAUGUACGUGACCUUAAUAAAAUAUUAA